CUACUGCACGAGGAUCUUGCCUAGCAACCGUGGAUAAACAUGAGUUACUACAGCAUAAGUAGAUAGGAGAGCCCUGGACUAGCGUUCCUGCAGCCGCAUCCAUGGACACUGUAAAGAAUGGGGGAUCUCAGCCUGUCUACAGUCGCUGGUCAUACAGACCGUCCAGCUCUGCCAGCUUCUCCUCAAACUCAACCGUAAGUGGAAUUGAGGAUGACAGUGCCAGUCUUAUGCAACAGAAGCUGGAAAAACAGAGGGCACUGCUGGAGCAGAAGCAGCGGAGGAAGCGUCAGGAACCCCUGAUGGUUCAGCCCAACACAGAGGGUCGGCCCCGGCGCUCCAGGACGCGACGCGGUGAAGAACAGGCCCCUCUGGUGGAGUCUCAAGUCAGCAUCACCAAUGAUGUCAUCAUGGAUGGUAUUGACGGCCCAGCAGCUUUCUUGGCCUCAGAAGCUCCUGAUCUGGGGAUGAAAGUCCUGUCGGUGAGCCAGUCUCAGUCCCAGUUUCAGUCUCAGUUCCAAUCACAGCCCCAGUCUCAGCCUCAGUCCCCAGCCGCCGAGGAGCCAGAGAGAGACGGAGACACAGAGACGCUGAUUGAGCCCAAGACAGAUAUUCACGAAUUACUUCAGAAACAAGGUCUGUCCUGCAGCAUGAACUUCGAUGAAUCCAGCGAACAUGAGGAUGACGCGGAAGAAGAACGGACACGUUCUCUGUCCCCUAACACAGACACCAGACCUGCCUCUGCCGCCAGUGGCAAGGACACUCCGGAGGUGGUGACCCCCGGAUCACCAACAGCAGAGAGCUCACUCAUCGAUGUGGCCAAUCUAGAGGAGUUUGUCCUGCGUCCGGCUCCGCGUGGCGUCACUGUUAAGUGUCGAAUCACACGGGACAAGAAGGGCAUGGACCGCGGCCUCUACCCCACAUACUUCAUGCACAUGGAGAGAGAGGACGGCAAGAGGGUCUUUUUGUUGGCUGGAAGAAAGAGAAAGAAGAGUAAGACGUCCAAUUACCUUAUCUCAGUGGAUGCCACUGAUCUGUCACGAGAGGGAGAGAGCUUUGUCGGGAAACUGAGAUCCAAUCUCAUGGGCACCAAAUUCACAGUGUAUGACAAUGGCACCAACCCCUGCAAAAACCCCGGGACACUGCUGGAAGAGAGCAACACACGACAGGAAGUGGCUGCCAUCUGCUAUGAAACCAAUGUACUGGGAUUCAAAGGCCCACGCAAGAUGACUGUAAUCAUCCCGGGCAUGAACAUGAACUUUGAAAGAGUCCCAGUCAGGCCUCAAAAUGAGCAGGAGAGCCUCCUGAGCAGGUGGCAGAAUCACUCACUGGACAACCUGAUCGAGCUGCACAACAAGGCGCCCGUGUGGAACGACGACACCCAAUCGUACGUGCUGAACUUCCAUGGCCGCGUUACUCAAGCUUCAGUGAAAAACUUUCAAAUAGUUCACGACAAUGAUCCUGACUACAUCGUGAUGCAGUUUGGCCGAGUGGCUGAAGACAUCUUCACUCUGGACUACAACUACCCCAUGUGCGCUCUGCAGGCCUUCGCCAUCGGCCUGUCGAGCUUUGACAGCAAGUUAGCCUGUGAAUGAACCGCCGGUUUGACUUCCACACUGCCACCUUUUCUGUCCUCCUUCAAAUCUCUUCUUUUGGGACUCUUCAGAAGCUACACUGCUGACAUCAUCAGGAACCAGUUCAUGCAGAAGUCACGGAGGAAACAUGAGACUGAAAGAAGAGAAAGUAGAUACUGAUCAGGGAUGUCGGUGCUCUGUUGGAAGAUCCAACGACCUUCUUGGAUCCUGAGCGGAAGUUUUCCUUUUUUAAUCUUUCUUAUCUUAUCCGUUAUUGUCCAGUGUGUGUGUACAAAUGUCUAUGAACUAAAAGGGAAAAAACAAAUCACGCCACUCUCAUCUGUGCUGGAGACAGGCGCUCCCAACAGACAUCUGGUGCAAAAAAAAAAGCUGAUAUUAAACUCAUGACUCACUGUUUGAAGGAUGGUGAUAUGUUUAUUAAAGGGACAGUUCACCCCAAAUCACAAACACAUAUUUUCUUCUCUGCAGUGCUAUUCAUCAAUCUAGAUUUUUUGUCGCCGAGUGUUAAAGGUAUCACCUGUAGAGAUGUCUGCCUUCUCUUGAAUAUACGCUUCCUUUUGCGUGAUCUAUAAUUUGGGAGUUCAGUAGAAAGACAAUUGUUCCUUCACAAGCCAAGUGCCAUCCAGUUCGAUUAUUUUGGAGAAAAGGCAAAUAUUUCCACAGCCAAUAUCUCCAACACACGGCAACUCACACCAAAACAAUCUAAACUGAUAAAUAGCACUACAGGUAAGAUGAAUAUGCGCUUUUGUUCCUUUAAUUAUGUAUUUUCUGUUGCCUUAAAAUUUGAUUUUAUUCUGGGUUUUUUUCCACACUCGGUGGUGUGGCUCUAAGGAUGGCAGUGUCAGCUGAGUUGUUACUCUACAGUAUAUAAACUUUACAUAACAGCAUGGCCUUUCCUCUGGCGCCACCCUCAGGCCAUCUUUAGAUGUUUUUUUUAGUGAUAAGAGACUAGAGAAAGCAAAGUGGUUUCCUGAUUUUUCAUCCACACAGAUUUGACUUUUCUGGUAAAUGAUGAUCAUCACAGUCACAAUUUUAAUCAUGUUUACAUUUUUGUAUGUGGCUACAUGGUUUAAUCUGCCGUCUGCUCCUAACUCAUUUUGACUUUAUCAUUUUGUCAUCCCUCUUUUUAUUCUUGUGUGGAAGGUGCAUUAUUCAGAACAGGUCUGUCUUAAUGGUUUUUGUGGUUUUUUUUGUGAAUAAGUGUAAUUUUUUCCUGUGACUGUGAUUUUUCUUUGUCAUAACAAGUUGGGUUAUCAUGGAAAACAAUACAAAAAUGCAGAAUUGCACAUUUAAAGAAAAGAAAUAUACAUACUGUAUAUACUGUAGAAAACAAAGUGAUGCCUUCUUGUUUGAUCUAUUCUAGCACACUUUUAAUAUCAUGAAUACUAAAUGUCUUUUGAGGACGUGGAGUUUUUAAAUAAUGGAUUGAAUUGAAGCAUUGAAACACUAUCAGAGGUUAUAUUUUCACCCACGGACGGAUACAGAAGUCGGCGCGGACUUUGUUGGUAUGGAGAAAGACAAAACUGCUGUUUCUAUGCUGGAUAUUCAAAAUAUAGCUGCAAUUUUUUUUUACGUUGAGAUGCCCACAUUUUGUCUGCCUCGAAGCUUCAAUAACAGAACUGCCUGUGCCUCUUCAUCUCCCUUAUGAAUUUAAAGGGAAACUUAAGGGAAAUCAAUAAAGAGUGCUUUAUGCCAUGAAAUGUCCCUGAUAUUUUGUUAGUUCAUUGUACUGUAUGUCUGUGAGGGACAUGUGAUAAGUGAACUGAAAACAUCUGUACAGGAAAUGCAUGUACAGGGUCCAUAUUUCUUUUCUUUUUCAAAAUUCACAGAAAAUAAUCUCCUCGAAAUGUAUUCAAAUUGCUCGUUUUACACAAACUUCAUGCAGUUUUUGUGUUCACUAUUUGGAUUAAUUUUACAGUUUAUCAGCUGCUCUGUACUGUUAUUGUUAAGCAUUGAAAAUAAUAUUAAAUAUUCAUAAAAAAAGAUCGCUUAGGCAGAUAGAAAUGGGGUCCCUUAAAGGAAAAGUUUGGGAACCACUGCUCUAAGGGAAAGGUGUUUUUCAGGGGUAUAUUCUCGAUUUGUAAAGGUUUUUUCCUGCUCAGAUAACAUGCAAACAAACAGGUCACAAUACCUGGUUUUAAGGAAACUAAUGUCAUCAACAUUUGCAAAAUACGUGUGUGCCAGCAGUUUAUGAAAAUCCUGUUUUGUCAUUUUGUGUGCAAUAGAGUUUUGCAGAGAGAAAAAAAGAGGAAUUUAUAGAAAAUGUUUUGAAAUGUAUACGCUUUUAAUUCUUCAGUGAAACACAUUCCAGCCUCUUAUUUCAAAACAGACACACACCCAGAUUUAUGGCUGUUUUUUAACAGAUGAAAAAAUAUGGACGAUCAAACUGAGAUGAAUGUAUUCAGUGAACAGUUUAUUUUCAUAAACAUGACCAAUGUCAAUUUGAUUCCGAACACUACAAGAUAAACAAAAGUACU